AUGUCUGAGCAAAUAAUCGAGAAUGUUCCGCUUCAAACUGCUGCAGGAAGACAGGUUCCACAAAGUUCAAUUCUGGAGACCACUUUGCAAGAAUAUUCCCUAGCUGGUUUUCAUGAUGAAUAUAUGGAAUAUGAUGCUUCUAAUGAAGAAUGUGUUAUAAUCCCAGCAAUUCAGAGAAGUGAGGAACAUCCAGAUGUAGAGUCAUACAUCCCGCAGUAUGUGCAGCCUAAGAGAUUGCAGAUAAUUUCUGAAGAAGAACUCGCAAUGUUCCAAAAAGUGCGAAAGCAAAAUUUUGAAUAUUUUGAAAAGAUACGAGGCAGAUACGUCAAUAUUUUGGAAGGAUUGGAAUUGCAUACUGACGUCUUCUCCGAAAAUGAACAGAAAAGAAUGGUGAAAUAUAUUUUUGAUCUCAGAGAAAGAGGCCGAGAAGGCCUGUUAAAAGGGAGGACCUAUUCAGAACCCCGAAAGUGGAUGAAAGACAAGAGCAGGAUCACAAUUCAGUAUGGAUGUUGCUAUAAUUAUGCAUAUGAUAAAAGAGGAAAUCCCCCAAGGAUUAUUCGACAUGAUGAAGUUGACCCGCUGCCACCGCUUAUGAAAAGGAUGAUAAAAAUGAUGGUAGAAUGGCGUAUUUUACCGGUACAUAAAGUACCCAACAGCUGCAUAAUUAAUAUUUAUGAAGAAAGAGAUUGUAUACCGCCUCAUAUUGAUAACCACGAUUUCGUGAGACCCUUCUGCAUCGUGUCUCUCAUCAGUAAGUGCAAUAUAAUGUUCGGAAAAGAGAUACGAGUGAUUGGUCCAGCUGAAUUUCGUGGAGCAAUGGAAAUUCCUCUUCCUGUUGGCUCGGUCCUGCUUCUCAAAGGAAAUGGAGCAGAUUUGGCAAAACAUUGUGUACCGGGGGUUCCGCAAAAAAGAAUAUCAAUUACUUUCAGAAGAAUGGAUGACAGUAAGGUACCGUUUGGAUAUCAGCAUGAUCCAGAGCUCGAGGAACUCCGACCCUUGGAAUUAUGAAACAGGCACGCCUCAAAGUGUAUGUGAGGGGGACUUUUGUUCCAGAACAUAUCUUUGUAGGAGGGGUUAGUUUCUACAUAACUCCGAGAGGUCAGAAGGAUGGAUAUGACAUUAAAAGUCUACAAUUUGUUUCGAGCAAGAUCACUUUACGAUUGGAUUGUAUCCCGAUAUAUCAGACUUUGAAGGAUCAAUGAAGAUUUCUUUUUGCCAUAUGAUGCGAUUGAUUUAAGAAUGUUAAAUUAAAUGUUAAUUCAGUCUUGCAAUGAACAUGAAACGAUGCAAAAUAAAAU